GACCCUUCGUCAUAAAAAAAACCCUUAAAUCCCCCACCCUCACAUUUCUCUCUCAACUCUGUCGCCUGUCCCCUCCCGUCCCCCUCUCCCCCUCUUCGAAUCUCAACCUCUCCCUCUGGUUCCGCGCUCCGCCAAUCAUCCUUGAGGCUGUCAAAGUCGUUGUUGCGUCGGCUGGGCCUGGUUGCCUCUUCGCCCUUCUCCGCCGCUUCCUCUGGUCCUCGUCGCUGUUUCCGCUGUCCAGUGCUGCCGUCCAGUGCUCCUCGCCGCUGGUCCUAUUGCUAAAUCACGCUGUCGCUGCUCCUUGCCGCGUCCUCAGUCACUGCAGGGUUUCUGAUUUGUGAGUGUCGCAGUCUCUCUUUUGUACCAUUUUUGUGCAUCAUGGCUUCCAAUGUCCAUCAUCCAAAGAAGGAAGACUUUGACGAAUCACCAUUGAAGAAAUCAAAGAUUGAGGAUGGCUUCCUCGACGAAGGGUCUGCUAAGGAAUCAAAGGCUGAAGAUAAAGACAACAAAGAAUGGAUUGAUUAUUCGGAUGAAUACAAACGGGAAUUGCUAAAAAAAUACAAAGAGGAUUUUGCAGCAAGCGAGGGUUUUGAACACGACUAUUGGCCCGCGCGAAUGACUUGUCCCUCGACAUGGGAUUGGCUUACUGUUGGUGAACGCAUCCAUCUGGGUGAUGAUAUUAUGUACACGGAACGGGCCAAUGAUGCCCUUGACUUUGCUGUUAGGAAAGAGAAUGAAAAGGUGGCUCAGUAUAAUAUAAAUUUUAUGCUAUUGAUUAGAUAUUAUUUAAUUGAAUAAUUUGUUACUAUUGAUUAGAAAUUAUUGUGUAAAUUAAUGGCUUUUCUUUCUGCUAACUCAGAUUUUAAGAAAUCACAAUGCCUACAAUUUUGACAC